AUGGAGAGAGGGGGUGCCAUUCGAGAAAGCCGCCUUGGAUCUACCGCGAGCCCAGGUCAAUUAACACCUUUGCUUUCCGGAAAGACAUUCGUCUCUCCCUUCUAUGUCGAUGCAGACCCGGACCCUGCGACAGCACCUGCCCACCCGACUAGUGAGGAUUCUGUGACGCAGAGGACCCCUGGAGGAUUGGAACGGACGAAACAGCCGGCGACAUUUUUCAUAUUCUCGGACCUCUCAAUCAGCAAAGCUGGAGUGUAUCGCCUGCAAUCUCGGCUCAUGAAUUGGGGCCAUGUGGAGGAUACCGGUCAGCAAAUGCCUAUUCUCGCGGAGGCGUGGUCGAAUCCAUUCCACGUGUACCCAGCUAAGGACUUUCCCGGGAUGAAAGACUCAUCCCCGCUCGCGGAGGGACUCAAGGAGCUCGGGUUUGUCGAACUAAAAACAAGGGGCGAAGGAAAGGGCAAGGGAAGAAAGCGAUGA